ACAAAGAAGUGAGGGUGUUUGCGAAGGGCAUGAAGCGCCUACACUCAAAGGAAGGGGGUGAAACGAAGACCGUGGCUGAAAGUGAGCCUGGGAAGAGGUGAAUCUAGCGAAUCAAUGACCAAACUUGUGCAACACACCGUGCAUGAGUGCACAUGCAAACGGAGCGACGUGGCGGGCGACCUUGCACGUGCACUUCCGCGGAGCGCUCGUAUCAUCGCGUGAAAUGGAAUCGUCGCCAGCGCCAGCAGAAGUCGAUCGUAACGGCGAGGUGAGCCAUAAGCGGCGGGCAUUGCUACCAGAUUGCUUGGGAGUUGUGCCGCGAUGUGUGACAUGCCUGGUUCUUCGAUUCUGCAACUACCCGCAUUGUAGGCCUGGCAGUGCUAAAAGCGGGAGCUGCAGGGCGUCUGGCAGUAAUCGUUCAGUGGGCAGUAAGGCUCGUGUACUCAGAUGGUUACCACAUUGCCCUCAUGCUAUGGAGAUGACCAUCGUCAAGAGGCUGGACUUCGACAUGGGGCGGCUAUCACCUCAAAUCCCUACACCAGCGCUAUACUUGGUCACCUUGGCCCCUUUCAGAAGUCGUGAAGGUCGGCGGGUCUGGUGAAGAGAAUCGAAAGAGCCCUUCUCGAGAGCGCAUCCGUUAGGGUUCGGAGCGAAAAUCAGAUGGUCAAGACUUGACAGACGGCUCGUUGUUGCGAUCUGUAGGUAUUGGUACAAACAUGACUUGAGUGCUCAAAGAGUGACGUCUGCAUUGACGACUUGUGCGCACUCGCGAGCGGCCCCCGGAAAGCGUAAUUUGAUCGGCAACCACUUCCCCAGGCCGAGGCGAAAGCCUCCGGG